AUGUACACGCCAAAACGGCAAUCUAUGGCCUCGGCGGUGCCUAUGUCGCCGCUGGGCCCAAUCAUCCCCCGACCGAGCUCAGCAGCAAGCCAGGCUCCGCAACACCGCACGAACAAUAUCAGUGACGCCUCCAGCGACACGGCUGACGCGAGGAAUGUCAGAGUUGUGGUCCGCAUUCGACCUUCCCUCGCGGACGACUCGGUUCCCCUUCGCCUUCGCAACGUCCUCAUCCACCCCACCUCCGCCUCGGAUCUACGUAUCGACGUCGACCCAUCUCAGCUGACCGGAAACGCGGGUCUCACCACAGGCGCGAAGCGACACCCAUCCUUCCAGUUCGACCAUGUGCUCGGGGAGGAGUCGAGCCAGGUCGACCUAUACGACGUCACGGGACGAGAUGUGGUGGAGGAGUACAUGAAAGGGCACAACGUGACCUUCCUUGCAUACGGUCAGACCAGUUCCGGCAAAUCCUACUCAAUGGGCACGACUGGCGAGGAUAUCGACUACUCGGGCACCGCCUUCACGCCCCGCACGGGUCUCAUCCCUCGUACCGUCCGAGCCAUCUUUGACCGCGCCGAGGAGAUUCGGCUCGCCUCUGGCCCUGGCUCCAGCUGGGAGUGCCGCCUCUCCUUCCUCGAACUCUACAAUGAGGAGAUCAUCGACCUCCUCUCUGGCGCCGGCGUUCAAAUCACCAUCCGCGAAGAACGGGACGGGCGGAUCAUCUGGUCCGGUAUCCGCGAAGUCAAAGUCAAGACCCUCGCGGAGGUCAUGCAGCUCUUGCAGGACGGAGCGGCACGUCGUCAGACGGGCGAGACGGGGAUGAACGCCACGUCGUCGCGAAGUCACGCCAUCUUCUCGUUGACGAUGGUGCAGAAGAAGAGGGCGGGGAUCAUUGUCUCGCCAAGUCAGCCGAUAUCGCCACCGGGGACGCCAAAGACGCUGAAGAGGCCGACGUCGUUCAUCGGGAUGCCGAGGUCGAUUACGCCCUCCGGAUCGAGGACGGGCCCGCCAGUCGCGUUUACGCAGAAGCAGUCGGGCAUUCCACGGCCGAAUUCCAUGCUCGGGCACCGGGAAGACGAGUUUGUGGUCGUCACGUCAAAGUUCAAUAUGGUGGAUUUGGCGGGGUCGGAGCGGCUCAAGCGGACGGCGGCGCAGGGUGACCGGAUGAAAGAGGGGAUAUCGAUCAACUCGGGACUAUCGGCGCUCGGAAACGUCAUCUCAGCCUUGUCGGAUCCAAGAAGCGCAAAAGGCCACAUCCCGUAUCGGGACUCAAAGUUGACCCGGAUGCUGCAAGACUCAAUCGGCGGUAACGCCCUCACGACAAUGAUUGCCUGCGUGUCUCCCAUCGAAUACAACGUCGCCGAGACCCUCAACACGAUCAAGUACGCCUCGCGCGCGCGAAAUAUCAAAAACACCUCAAAGGUCAAUGCGGUCGAAGCAGGCUGGGAUGAUGUGGAGCACUUGCAGACGACGGUGUUGAAGUUGCGCAAGCAGAUUGCAGCCUUGGAUACGGAGGGAUCGGCGGGCGGGGCGACGGGCAUGGCGGGGAGAACAUCACCUGGCGAUGCGCAGAGGCAGAGCGAGAAGCUCAUUCAGCGGCUGGCGGAGUUGCAGAGGGAGCAUACCGAGCUGUACGACCGGUAUCUCGCCAAGUGCAACGAGAACAUGCGGCUCACGAGCGAGCUCAAGAGUGCCACGCCGGGUGACGCGGACGUCUUGGCGAGGUUCAACGAGACGGUCGAGCCUGUCAUCUUGGAGUACGAGAAGGUAGUUUCGGCGCUCAAUAUCCAGCUGGAUGAUCUGAGGGCUCAGCUUUCGCUCCUCGAUACCCUUUACGAAGAGCAAGGUCGAGGGUUGGUGGAGGCGCAAGAGCGCCAGACGCAGAGCGAGAGCUAUGCAGCCGAGCUGCGAGCCAGGGUUGGCAAGCUUAGCGACCAAAAUUCGUCCGGCGAGUCUUACAUCAACGACCUCGAAGCCAAGCUCAAAGCGCACACCGACGCUUCCGACGGACACACAGACGCUGCCGUCGAGCUCAGAAAAGAGAUUACCCGCCUCAAGGCGCUCAAUGACUCGCUGAGCCAGCACUCGGCCGAGAUCGAAAGUCGGCUUUCGCAAUCGGAGGACAAGUCGGUCCAGCUCGUGCAGCAGAUCGAACGGCUCGAGGCUGAGGUCACUCGGCGCGAAACGUCGUACAGGGAGCUGGAAUCGCAUAUUGCUAUCCUGGAUACUACGCACGACAACAAGCUGCUCGUCACUGAGUUAGAGGAGCGGAGUCGGCACAUUGCUGAACUGGAGAGGGAGCGGCGUGAGGCGGAGGAACGAGAAGCGGGGCAGCGGGAGCGGCUAGAGAAGCUGUUGAAGGCAGAGCGGAUUACUCAGGAUGAGCUUCGUCAACAGCUUUCUCGGCACUCUAUCCCUACUCCUCCUCCAUCUCGCUUGGUCGACUCGGCCACAACAAGCACGUCACGCGACGUCUCUACUACCUCGCAGAUCACUCCGCCAGACACGCCGGAACGGAGAUUGGACACGGAGGACGAGGUGUCGAAGCUCAAGGAGCAGAUCGUGGCCAUGGCGAGAAAGGCGGGGGAGGCAGAGGAGCGGUAUACCGCCGCUCAGGCGAGGGUGGAGGAGCUCCAGACCCAGCUCGUCGAGGUCCAGGAGGCCAACGAUACUCUCCCAAUUACGCCUUCGAUAUCGCUCAACCACCUGGACGAUAUGAGCGAGAAUGGCACGACGCUCCUGACGCCCAAAGAUACCAGUCCGGGUCCUUCGCCCUCGCGCAUGAAGAGGGGGUCUAUGCCGAUCUUGUCGGCGACGGGAUUCGGGACGGCGAAAGGAGGGGGUUUUCGGGGAGGGAGGGGAUACGGAGAGAGUCGAAGCAAACAUCAGUCGCUCUCGCAGGAAUUGUCAUCUGCGCAGCAAUCGCUUACAUCGUCGCGAAGCUCAUGGGGCGGCUCGAAUAGUUCGCUAUUCGGCCAAUCAUCAUCUAGGCAGAGUAUGCCAUCGAUCAAGCCGUUGCGAACGCAGCAGCAAUCGAUGGAUAUGCGUACGCAGACAUCUAUAGAGACUGAACUGAAAUUUCUACACAAGGUGGUCGAGGAUAGGGAUGAAGACCUCCGUCAAAAAGAGGCUUAUAUCCGGAAACUCGAAACAUCGCUCUCUCUCCAAAAUCAAUCGCACAAUAUCCCCUCCCGCAAAACCAGUGCACCACCAUCUUUCCAACCGACUACUCCUCCCUCUUCUAUCCCUCUCCCAUCUUCUCCGGACAAUCCGGGAAUCUCCCUUCCGUCCGAAUCGGGCUCGUCGGGCGAGUCGGUCCAACAGCUGGAUACGCCCAUGUUAUCCGAGGAUACGCAUGGUCAGCUGGGCGUUCCUCCUCAAGCAGAAAGAUUCUUCACUCCCGCUGGGGAGAUAACGGACCCGCUUGAGUUUCAGCACGCGCCAUCUCAGCCUCAGUCGGAUCUACUACUCGAAAUGCAGACCAAGGAGGCGUCUCAACGGGCCAUCAUCGAUCAGCAAUUCAAGCAGAUUGCGGAUCUUCAGAAGAUCAAUCUCAAACUUCGAGAUGAGCUGCAUGGCGGACAAUAUCCCCAGCUCUACCGUAGCCUGGAUGAUCUCCGCCAAAUCAAUGCAGACCAUUCCGACAAGACACUCUCGCCCUCCACACCCAAACCCUCUUCCCCCUUCACCCAGCUCAGCCCAAGUCGCGAGCUCAACGCCCUCCGCGACUCCCACGCAGAGGAGCUCCAGACCAUUAUCAACGGCCACGCGCAGACGAUCGAGGCGCUUCAGCGGGACUGUGACGAGCGGAUCUCGGUCAUGGAGAAGCAAGUCGAGGCUAUGGCGGCGGAAUACGAGGAGCAACUUCGUCGUCUCCAAGCACACCACUCUACCGAACUCUCCUCCCGCCAACAAAUCCACGACGACGCGGUCGCCAAGAUCCGGAAGGACGGGGAGAGCAUGAGUGCAGAGCUCAACGCCUCGUUGGCGAGUCACGAUGAGGCUCGGCGGCAGCUCAAGAUGAAGGCGGACCAGGCGCUGUUUGAGCUCUCGCGCGUACGGGACGAGAGCCACAUGCAGCGCAAUGCCGAUGCCAAACAGAUCGCGGAUCUGCUCCAGGUAAAAGCGAACCUCGAGGAGGCUAUCAACGAGCUCGAGGUGUCCAAGGUGGACUGGAUGAAGCGGAAUAGCGAGCUCGAACAGCGUUAUUCCAGAAAGAUCGUCCCUCCCCCACAAGGACCGCCGCCCAAUAUGCCGCUCCCGCCGACCCCUUCCACGCACGUCCUCCUGGCGGGCACGUCGGCCGGUCAGCGCUCUCCACCCGUUUCCAAAGCGGAACGAGGCCGGAGCCAGAGCCACAGCGGGUCGAGCGAGGAGGCGCACGAGUCGCUCAGCCACGCCCAGGAUAUCGAAGCGGCGGUACCGCUCCUCCCGGCGCAUGUGGGGCAGAUGGUCCAGGCGGUCAUGGCGGAGAAGGCGAGGGUGGCGGCCGAAGCGGAGGUACUGCGCAAGCAGCUCGGGGAUCGGGCCGCUCUGGUACAAGAGACCGAACAGCAGCUCACCUCCGAAGUCGAAAAAUCCCAAACCCUCUCCCGAGAACUCGCCGAUGCCCGCAAGACCAGCUCCAAGCUCCGCGCGCACCUCGAAGACUCGCGCCAGGAGACCCGGCGGCAGCAAGACGAGUGCAAGGCGCACAUGGAGGAACUCACCGAGCGGCGCCAACAAGUCAAUCGGGUCGAAGAGCACAAGCGAAGCGAGAGGGACUCGCUCCAUACUGCCAAUGCGCAGGUCGCGGCGUUGAAGGCGCAGUUGGAGAAGGCGGUGGACGCCAAGGUCAACAAGAAGAUGGGGAGCAAGUUGAAGUGUUUCUAA